UUUUUGUCGCGUAGUCACAGUCCGGGAGGUCUUGGUGUAUAAACAAGCGUUCAUUACACGCGGCUGCCGUUACUACGUCAUAUUUACGCGACACACCUUCCCACGAUGGCAACGGUACAAGUUAGUGAAGCUGAAAAGGUGUAUAUUUUACAUGGCAUACGCGAUGAUUUGCGAGUGGAUGGAAGGGGCUGUGAAGACUACAGACACAUGGAGAUUGAGACUGACGUGGUGUCAAAUACUGACGGAUCUGCCAAAGUUGCUCUUGGCCACACUGCAGUUCUCGUGGGAGUUAAAGCUGAAAUUGGGAAACCAAAGCCCAUGGCUCCAAAUGAGGGCUAUUUAGAGUUCUUUGUUGAUUGUUCAGCCAACGCAACCCCCGAGUUUGAAGGACGUGGAGGCGAGGAGCUCGGGACGGAGCUGAGCAACACACUGUACAAAGUUUUCAACAAUAAGCGCAGCUUGGACUGGAAAACUUUGUGUAUCAGUGAGGGUGAACACUGCUGGGUGCUCUAUGUGGAUGUACUGCUCCUUCAAUGUGACGGAAACCUGUAUGACGCCAUCUCAGUCGCUAUCAAAGCAGCUCUUUUCAGCACCAAAAUCCCCAAAGUGCACAUAUCAACCGAUGAAGAAGGAAGCAAGGAAAUCGAGUUGUCGGAUGAUCCCUACGACUGUAUGAGGCUCAAUGUGGAGAAUGUUCCCUGUAUAGUGACACUGUGCAAGGUAGGGCACAGGCACGUGGUGGACGCCACCCUACAGGAGAAGGCGUGUUCUGUGGCCAGCCUGAUCAUCUCUGUCACACACAAGGGAACGGUCACCUGCGUCAGGAAGAUAGGUGGAGGUAGCUUGGACCCGGAGAGCAUUUUUGAAAUGACAGAAACAGGUAAACGUGUGGGGAAAGCCCUCCACGCGCCUCUGGUGAAGCUGCUGCAGGAGGAGGAGAGUUUAGGAACAAAGAGACAGAAAGUCGGCUUUCUUGGUUAGAAACCGGACUUUUUUGUAUUGUACAGUACUAUGUGUAUAUUAUUAUGUAUCGUUUGCUUGGCUCAUCUUUUUUGCAAUAUGGGCCAUUUCAUGUUAUGAUAGCGACAUGCCGCUAUAAUAGCUGGGGCUUUUUUUGUAUUUGGUGAAAUUUUAUCCAAUAAUUAUGACGGCUUUUUCCCCAUCACAUUAUUUUUGAAUUGAUAUUAAAAAGACCUGUCGCACUUGUGAAAUGUGUCAAAUAGCGCUGCAACAUAAAACCAAUACAAGCAGCACAAUAACGUCAUCGUAAAUAUAUUUUUCUACUUGUUAUUUGUUUUUUAUUAAACUAGCAUAAUAUCAUUAAUCAUGUAAAAAAAUAAUGUCUGUCCUCUGUGUGGAUUAUUUCCAACUGUUUUGAAUGCAUCACUCACAUUGGGAGUGGAUGGAUGGUAGGAUUCCCAGAAUUCCAUGGGGUGUAAAAAGUUAGUAAUUAAGUAGGAAUAUCCCAAUCACAUCAUCUGUCACAAUCAUAUGCGGAGUUUGAGGUGGGGGGCAGUGCCCACCCUGCUGGCCAAAAAAUAUCAUUGCAUGUAAUUGACUUACCUGUAUAAAUGAAUUUAAAAUACAGACCUAACAAUUAUGAAAGCUUUUUCCUUCGUCACAUUAUUUUUUUUUUUAAUUGACAUUAAAAAGACCUGUCGCACAUGUGAAAUGUGUCAAAUAGCGCUGCAA